AUGGAUAAAAUCCUCAGAGGCGUUGUGAAAUACAACCUGCAUGAUAAAGUUAGGUUUGUGAACGAUAUAGACAAGUUUACAAAGAAAAUUGUUCAGCCACAAACUGUAUUCAUCUCCUGUAUGGACAGCAGAGUGCUUCCCUCGAAAUUUGUUGGUUCGGCCAUCGGGGAGACAUUCUACGUGAGAAACGCAGGAAAUAUGAUUCCUCAUCAUGAAGACUAUCUGGCAGGUUACAUCAGCUCCGAGGGCGGUGGCCUUGAACUUGGAUGUAUUGUGAAUGAAAUCAGGAAUGUAGUUAUUUGUGGACAUUCUGAUUGCAGGGCCUUAUAUGCCCUGUAUGACAUGCGGAAAGAGUGCGAUCACAAACUCUAUCACCAAAAAUCUCCACUCAAGACAUGGGUGGCGCUCAACGGCCGCAGGACGGCCAACAAGUUCUCUCAGCUGUUUCCAGAUGAAGUCAAGCGGAACAAUUUUGUUGAUCCUGUGAUUUUUGAUGUUAAUCUAGGUCAAGGCCACGUCAAAGCGUUGAUUGACCCGGAAAAUGAUUUCUGUAUACAAGACAAAUUGUCACAGAUUAACUGUCUGGAGCAAGCGAGUCAUGUGACCACGUAUCCAUUACUUCAACCAUUUAUCAAAACGGGAGAGCUGCAAAUUCAUGCCAUGUGGUACGAUGUCUACACAGGCAAUGUGUAUCUGUUUAGUCCAUCAGAGCGAAAAUUUGUGAUCGUCAGUGACAGCAACGUGACAUCGCUAAUGACUGAAUGUGGCUGCAACAGUUGUACAGGUGUUCUCAAAGAAAAGCAGCCAUAA